AUGGUGUCAAAUAAUGGCAAUCUAAAUAUAGGGCAAAAUAUAAAAUCUAAAUCCAUUGGAGGUUCAAGAAAAAGUAGUGCACCAUCAACUUUNACGAGAUCUUCAAGUAACAAUCAUGUUGAACAGAAUGUUGACAGUUCUUCUGCUGAUAUUAACGUUGAUAGUAUAGAUACAAUGAAUACACAGUUUGAUUUGACAAGUGAACUUACAAAUAAUAAUUCACAUACAUUACUGAAGAAAUAUAUGGAAAUUAAUCAAAAUAAUGGAACAUCUGCCAAUAAUGGAAGUGCAAGUGGUGAUAUUAGUACAGAAAUUCAAAAUAACUCCUCCGAAUCAAUAGGUCAAAGUAAUUUGGAAAGAUUUUACAGUAAUUUUAAUAAUAUAAAUUCUCCGAAGGAUGUUAAAUUUUUAAUUCAAUUACUCCAAAAUAGAUUACUACUAGAUGAAAAUAUUGAUUUCAAUAGAAUUAUGAAGCAAUUGAGAAUAUUAAUGAUUAGAAAUCCAAAGGAUUUCAAACCAUUGUUGUCAAUUUCAAGAUUUUAUCACUCAAUUCCACUUAAUUAUACAAUUGAUUUAUAUGCCAUUAAUAGCAUUGAAAUUAGUGACAUAUUAAGCAAAUUUGAUCCUAAUGAAUUGAUUGAAACCAUAUCAAAUUUAAUGAACAAUUUGAUUUCAAAUGGAACUGACGAAAUUGAAGAUAUUCCAGAAGGUUCAAUCUAUUAUAUGAAAUACAGGCAAGUGAUUUUUAAUUACUCUAUCCAUUUGCUAUUUGAAAUUUUCAAGAAUUCUGCCACAAUUAAGGUGGAUAAACAAAUCACUAAGAAUUCCAUUCAAAAAUUAACCGAAAUUUGUGGUAGAGAUUUUGACGAAACCUUAUAUUUUGAAACUUUAUUUCAGAUUUAUGUCCAUAACAAAGAAAUGUUCCUUUCUGUUCUAAGAAACCUGUCAAUAGUUUCGACAAAACUGAAGAUUUUUCAUGAAAUUGAAAGCAGAGAUAGAAGUUUAAACAUUGAACAGAUUCUAAAUAAUGACAUCGACAGUGAAAUUCACACAAAAUCAGAUUUCGAUGAACAUGAAAAUAAAUACCUAGAAAUGACUAUGGUGAACCCAUUCAAUCAAAAACGAGUAGCAAGUGAUAGCAGUGUAGUUCAUCACGAUCCAAAAUUAGAAUUUGAUGACCAACAAAAUAACGAAGAUAUUGGAGCAAACACUAUGAAAUUAACGAAUAUGACAAAAAUUGUCAGUGUCUAUGAACAAUUGCCUGCUUCAAAACUUCAAGCAAAUGAAGAUGAGGAUAUUCAAUUGGAUGACGAGGAUGCUGAUCAGCAAAGAGUCAAUUUAAGUGAUAUCUUCCAAAAUCAAGAGAAGGAAACAACAGUUAAGUUUAGCUUAGAUCCUCCAAAGAUAAUUAAUAAUACUUCGAGAAGUUCGACGAAUUCAGAUUCUAUGAUGAAUGUAGAUGAAGAAGAGUUAAGGAACGAUACUGAGAUUGAAUCUACCCAUUCAGAAACUAAUACAUUAAAUAAGGAAUUUGGAAAUAUAAAUAUCAAACCAAAAUCGGAAAAUAUACAUAGGAUAGAAGAAUCACAUCCCGCAGCUGACAAUACAGUCCUUAUUUUAGACAGCAUAUCCCCAGCAUCUUUGACAUUUUAUUUGUUAUCUAAUAUGUUUGUUCGUGAGCGUGGCUUAUUUAAUGUAAAAUUUCAUUCAAUGAAGAGAGCAAUAGUAAAAAUUAAAGGUGGUUCAUUUGCUAUGAAACAUUUCGAUCGUUUAUUAGAAGCUCUAAUUUCUUUUCAAAGAGAACAAGAAAUGAUUGGGUGGCUAUUAAAUGAAAAUGGUUUUUCUGAUCUUAUUAGCUUAUGUAAUAUGUUGAUACAGUCAGCAGUUGAAUCUGAAUUAAUGCCUGAAGUGAUUGUUUGCAAAUCUUUAUUACUCGCGGACUGUUUGUUUGUGUUGCAUAAGAGUUUAGUUGAAUUUCAUUCUUUUUCUUUUGCCACUUCUCAACUUGAUUUCUUAUGGGAAUCCUCACUCGUUUUAAUCGGAAAAAUUCCGGAAUUCUCAAGUGAGCUUUAUCUGUUAUUAGAGGAAUUUAGAGAUAUUCUAAUUACGUCACAUUAUUUUACCUCGAACAAUGUUACAAAAAUAUUAGGUGUCCUUGCAGUCAGUGAACAAAGUAAAGGUCCUGGGAUUAAAGAAACAUUCCUAUUGAAUACAAUUUGCUCAGUACUAAGGUCUGGCUUAUUUAAGCUGAAAAGAAAUCAAUAUUCUGAAAUAGCUCAAACCAUGCUGUUCUUUAUUCAAAGUGAGAAGACAGAGUGGAGAAUGGCAAGUUCAAUUGUGUCUGCAUCUAUCUAUCAUAUGAUGUUAACAUCAAAUUCCAAUGAAGAAGAGAUAAAAAAUGUUUUCAACGGCUUUAAUGAAAUAUCUAUACAAUUGAUCCAAAAACUUACAUCAAUAUAA